AAUGAACACAGAUGAUUUCUUGAAAGAAGCCCAGAUAAUGAAGAAACUCAGACAUCCUAAACUAAUCCAGCUUUAUGCAGUGUGUACGAGAGAUCAACCUAUCUAUAUCGUCACUGAACUCAUGAUCAACGGAUCUCUCUUAGAGUACCUUCAGAGUCCCAAAGGCCACUCUCUUCAGCUGAGGAUAUUGAUUGAUAUGGCAGCCCAGGUAGCCGCUGGUAUGGCUUAUCUAGAGUCACAGAACUACAUCCACAGAGACUUGGCAGCCAGGAAUGUCCUGGUGGGAGAGAACAACAUCUGCAAGGUGGCUGACUUUGGCUUAGCCAGGGUGAUCAAGGAUGAGAUCUACGAGUCUCAUGUCGGUGCCAAGUUCCCCAUCAAAUGGACGGCUCCGGAGGCUGCUAACUAUCAUAGUUUCACCAUCAAAUCAGAUGUCUGGUCGUUUGGUAUCUUACUCACUGAGAUCAUCACUUAUGGAAGGAUACCAUAUCCUGGAAUGACGAACAAGGAGGUCCUAGACUGUGUGGACAGGGGAUACCGGAUGCCCAACCCUCCCGGGUGUCCUCCAGACCUGUAUGAGAUCAUGCUAGAAUGCUGGAAGUCUAAGGCCAUGGAGAGACCGACCUUUGAGACGCUGCAAUGGAAGCUAGAGGAGUUCUUCGUCAUGGAAGGAGAGCAGUAUCGGGAGGCUUCGUCCAUCCGUUGAAAGCCGUUGCUUCUAGGGGCGCAACGCAAAAGAUGGCUAAGGCCACACUGCCCAAUGACCUAGUAGCUCUUAUAUAGCCCCUUGAUCCUUCUCAUUGGUGAAUGGUUUAUUGAAGCACAGCAGCCCAGAGGGAAGGAAAAGGAAUGUUUUCAUUCAUAGGGGUGGUUGUAAAGCUUAGCAAUUGUGAUAUCCUUAAAAGAAUUAAUAUUUAUAUGGCUGUCACAAGAUUCCAAGAAUUUUAAUCAAAUUUCUGCUCUCUCAACUUGCCCUUUCUCUGUAGUAAUAGGGCUGACUUAACUACAGUGUAGUGUUAAUGGUAAGGGUCAGAAUGGUGUAUUUGAGGAGUGUUGUCAUGAGAAUGGUUAUAAUUGGUUAGUAUUUUGCUUAAUUUGAACAAAUUUGUAUUAUCCCAAACGAUCUAACUCAUGCAGACACACCUGCACAUGAUAUAUUGAGUGAAAAUUGUAACAAAUAUACCUUAGAACCAAUCUAUCAAAGCUAACAAUGUAACUGUGAUCAUGAUUUGCAACUGUGUACAUUGAAUGAAUUUUCACUCUCAAAAUGUAGAAAUUACCGUGGGUUUAGGCAACUUGUCUUCAUAAGUCUGUACUGCGUCUUUUAGGAAGAAUCCUGGGCCCGUCUUAAAAAGAUUUGCGAUUGAGCCGAUCAAUCACAACUAUGGACGGCCAGCAACAUCAACAUCUAUUAUGCAUGUUUGUUCAAAAUAUUUUCUAACUAUGAUGUAUAUUCAUGCAUUCAUUCUUUUCUUGAAAAUUUAGUGAAAAUUCUCCUUUUUUACAAAGGACAUUGUGCAAAUUUCCUGCAGAAAAAAUUAUGACACUGAUGGAUUUCCAGAGUUACGAUUGAUUGGAUCAAUCGUAACUCUUUGUAAGGAGGGGCCCUGCUAUAAGGAUGCCAUGUGUCUUUUCAUUAUGGCUGUCCAGCCCUCUCUAUUUAAUUUAUCUAUGAAAAAAUGUGAGGAUUUGUAAUGAAUAGCUGCUUGCAGGAAAGACUCAUCCCAAGCUUUUGACAAGGUACCUUAAUAGUAACCUUUUAGUGCCAUUUAAACUCUCAAUACUGUUUGAAAUGGUUCUACAGUGUGAGUAAAAACAAACAAACAUUGAAACCCAACAUAAGGACAAAAAUAUGUUAUGAACACACAAUAAUUAUGUUUGGUUUGAAAAGAGUAUCAUUCUUCCAAAUAAUUUGAUACCAUAAUUAUGAGGUAUGUGUUAACGCUUGGAUAAUCAGGAGGUAUUUGUUUUGCUGUGAUGUAAAGUUCAAUCUGUGCCAAAGUAAGGCAUGGCUGCAAUAAAUAAAUCCAGAAGCCAAUGAUAUAAUCCUGCAUAAGUUAGUACACAUGUUUGCAAAUCCCUUUUCAAUGAAAUCAACUUGAGAGGUGAUACUAGAAAGUGCUUAUUAAACAAUUUUAAUGUUAAUUAUUAAAAAGGCAUUUUGCAAUGGAUAUGCAACACGAUUAUGACAUCAUUGGCAUCUGGAUUUACACAUUUCAGUGAAUGCCUUACUUUGGCACAAAUCAACAUUUACAACAUGGCAAAGAAUACCUACUUAUUAGCCAAGUGUGAAGAAAUACCACAUAAAUAUAGUAUCAAAUUAUUUGGGAGAAGAUACUCUUUCCGGCCAUAUAUAAUGAUUAUGCAUUCAUGACAUAUUUUUCCCUUAAAUUAAGGAUUUGUGUGAGGUGUUAAGUUUUUUUUACUCACACGGAAGUUAUGAAAAUUGCAUUGGUUUUUAAUGGAAAGCUAUGUGCAGAAAUCUCUACUGGUCUCUAGUUUUGAAAUUUAUACAUUUAACACGUGAAAUGUAUGUUACUGUUAUAUUCAGGAAAUACUGUUUACAAGAAUUGUCUCUUUUGCCUCAUUUCAAGUUUGGUGUUGUGGCUGGUGGGAGGAGUGUCAAACACUAACACCAGGUUUCAACACUAAACUUAUACUCAGCUAAGGUGUUAUAGUUAUCCUACUGGUGUUUACAAGUUCUUCUCAGCUUUUCGUCCUUGUGGGUCAGCAGAAUCUAGACUGUGUUCUGGUUUUAUUCAUCAUUAAUCUCGAUGAGCAUGCAAUAUUUUACUCAGUCUUUUUAAGAUGUACAAAUUUUUUAUUUAUUAUGACACCAUACUAUCUGUGCAGGAAUGUUGAGUGGAAUAUAUAAACCCAAGUUUAUUAUGUCAAUCAUGUAUUGAGAAACAGAGGUAAAUAUUAUGUCAUAGAGUCACCUUACAGGCUGGUAUAGCAACAUAUUGGCAAUUUUUUUUAUUUCAACUAGCUGACAAAUAGCUUUUGGAUUUCUGUUGGCUUUGUGCAGAAAUCACCCAAUUCCAGCUGGUAAUUGGUUAAGCUGGAACUCAUAUGCUGAUGUACAUAUCCUUACAGGGGUGUAUGUUUCUUUUAAUACAGACUAUUAUGGUGCAUUAUUUUGCCCAAUGAAAAUAAUGUUCUCUGCACAAUAUAGUACAUGUAAUGUUCAAGCUCUUAAUCCAUCUACAUCUACCCUCAUGAACAAAAUAGUUACUGAGGAACGUGAGGGAAUUUUAUUUAUUUUCUUAUAUUAAUAAGAAUUUUAAGUAAGAAAAAGUAAUUUUAUGUGAAUGCCUAAAAUUGAGGGUAUGGGUUUUAAAAGGUGCACUAAUGUGAGUUUUGAGGAAUAUAAUUUGUAAAUUAUAAACAGUACUGUUUUUUUAGUACAUGUAAGUAAUUUCUGAUAUGGAAGAUAUUUAUCUUUCAGAUAAAAAAGAAUAAUUUAGGUGUAAGGAAAUUGUUUUUAAGAUUUUUUUUUUUCAAAGUGAAAUCUUAUAAAUGCAAGACUAGAUACACUAAUUUUUGCUGUGAAAAUUGCAUUAUUAUGGCAAAUAUGAAGUAAAUUGUAUUUUGGAAAUGACAUUUUUUUCCUGUAUUGGUUGGUAGAUAACAAAUUCAUUGUCAUCAUGUAUCAGGUAACAUGGAAAUCAUAUUCUCUUGGAAUAAUGUAUUCUAUAUGUUUUUAGGUACAUGUGUAUGUUUCCCUUACUUUUUGUUAUUUACAACCAUGUGGAACUUGAGGCUUGUACAGUAUGAAGGGAAUACUUUUUCAAAGGUACAUUAGAUUGCCUUAUUUUCUUUUCAACUUUUUACUGCCAUUAACGAUGGUAUAUUUUGUUGGCCGCGCGAUCGCGCCGAAAAUUGGCGUGCAGGUUGUCUGGGACAUAAUCUACAAAAUUGUAUAGUAAUUUGUUUGGUGCACCCCUACCUAGCAUAACAUUUUUGCGUACUGCAUCGAUGCAGAACCCCCCUUUAUAGGCAAUGUACUUUUGCAUGCUGCUAAAGGCGUUUUUUGCAUGCAUGCGAUGCGCGAAAGUUUUGUGUUAGGCAUAAGGGCUUUCUUGCACCGACACAAUGAUUUGAGGAUGAAAGCUUAUCACUUAUGUUAUUCAUAAUUAUGUAAAUGAAUUAAAAGGUACAAAGAAAUCUGAACAUGGUUGUGACUUGAUACCUGCCUAGGUUCAGUGGUAGUCAUCUGAUACUUAUUAGGCCCAGGGUUCAAAUAUUUGCACUGUUACGCUUUGAUAAUGCAUUAAACACUUGUUUGGUCUCUGACAGACGAUUAAAUGCUAAGAUUUUGAUUAUUUAUGUCUAUAUCUCAUAAUAAUCUUGAUAUUCUCAUUCAUUUUUCAUGCUUUAUUCUGAUUUAAAUCAUGGAAGCAGAGCAAUUGAAAUGGAAAUAUGAUAUCAAUGUACACUUAAAUGUAUGGCAUAUUUAAGGACAUUUCUCAAGAAAUGUAACGGUAAAACAAAUAGGGAAAAGGAAGAAAAAUUAUUAUGUAAUUAAUAGAAAAUCACUGUUAACCCUAGCCUGUAAUCUAUGUGGAGGCUGCAACGACUGAUGCUGUUACACAAAAUGACAAAAGUAACGUCAGCAAUACGUCUGAAGAUGCAGAAAAUACGAAAGACUACGCACAAUGGAUGUGAAUGUCCGGUGGAAAUUUUUACGUAACAAAAAAACUGCACCGAAUCCUGGUCGAUGAAAAGAAAAUAACGCAAGACUGGAGUGUUUUGAUCAAGCAGCCACUAUGUGUAGUCUUCCGCAUCAGACAUAUUUGUUAUGUUUGGCGUAAUGGUAAAGAUGAUAAGCUGCCGUCUCCGCCUAAAUUAUAGGUUUUGUUAACCCUGACAUACACAACUGGUUCAGUGACAUUUGCUACCCUCUUCAUUCCACACACUAAUUCAAUGACAAACUUCAACCCUGGGUUUAGCACUAUACAUAAAACCCUAUUGCAACCCUAACCCUUCAUCAGGGGUGUGAGAGUUCAGCUUAUUAGCUGAUUUCAGAUUGUUUUUAUUUUCAGCUUAAUUUAAGCUUUUUAUUUGUGACCACUCACACCCAUGGGCGGAAAUCCCAGGGGACACGUCCCUCUACCCAAAAUAGUAGGGGGGUGCACAAUAUCAAAUGUUCCUCCUACUCUUUUGCGGCUUUUAUGAAGGAAGGAAAUAAAUCAUUCAAUAUCGAAAUAAAACAUGUAUUAAGGGGUGAUAACCCUUUUUUUUUGUGCUUGUCAAAUUUUCCAGCCCCUGGUCCCCCUACCUUUGGGGAGAGAUUUCCGCCCUUGCUAACGUGAACCCCUGCUACAUGUAGUGUGUAUGUUAUCUUUUUACAUGUACAUGUAUGUUUUAAUUAUGACCUAUUUUUAAAUUACUUUGUUGUUAUAAUGUACCUUACUACUCUGAAGAAUUGAGUCAUGUACUGUAUGUACUCUAGAUUAUUAAAUUCAAUUUGAAUUUGAUUUAACUCAAUUUCAUUUUGUUGUAAGACGGAGGUCCUAUUACUGUGACAAUUUGUUCAUUAGGCAGAAUUCUGGCUAAUAAAGGCCAAUCAAAACUGUAGGUUCAAAAAUAUUUAUAAGUCUUUAUUCAAUCAGUGUACUUUCUCGACUCAUCGAAGCAAGUAGGUCAUGACAUUUUACAAGGGUUGUGUGUAAUUCUGCUGUUCACUGUAAAUAAAUAAUUUAUUGUGAAUUUAUUAUGAGUUAGACAUAGACGUUAAUUUAAAUGUUAAUUUUAUUUAAAUAUUUAAGUGCCAUUGAUAUUUUAAACUCAGUCAGCAUGUUAUACAUAAAAUCUUGGUUUCUGUUGAACAAAAGAACAAUCUUUGUUUUCUUAGCCUGAAAAAUGCAUUAGAUUUGCAAUAAUGGUGGUGUAAUUAUUAACUAACUACUUGUAUUCAAGCUUUAUUUGUAUUGUAUUAUUUAUGAUUACUGUAUAUUAAAAGGGAAAUGACUUUUUUAACAGCCACAAUCACUUUCAGAGGCACAUGAAGUGUUUUUUUUACACUGAAUUUAGCUUUCACUUUCUGUUCAAUACGUAUUAUACACAGCACUUUCAUAAAAUACUUGUAGAUUAUGUAACAUAUGUACAUACUUCGUUUCAGAAGUGAAAUAUGGGAAAAAUGGGUAUCUUUGUUUGUGUAGGCUCUGUGAAGACCAAGCUACUUUAGUUUAAUUUAUUUUUUGUUUUUUUGAAAGCCAGGGUUUUUAGAAAAUAAAAACUCUAUGUAUUCAAUGUAAAAAUACAUGUUGCAUGUUUUCUUGUGCUCAUGUUUCUCAGCUGUUUAUUGUAUUUUUAUAAAAUUGUGUAACUGUAUUCUCAUUAAGAACAAUGUACAGAACACAAUAUUGUGUGUAUUAUUCCAAGACAAAUCUACAGUUGAAGCCCAUGUAUUCCCCUAGCCGCCCCCCCCCCUCCCUUCCCCAAAACACUCAUGAUAUUAUUUGAAUAGGUCCUUCUUUUAUCAUUUAGUACUGCUCUAAGAUUAUUUUAAUGUGCAUGAUGUAAUUUCUAUUGGUAAAGCGCAUUCUUUAUUAGACAAAUUGCAUAUAAAUAUCAAUUUAUAAACUAUUCAAGAAAACAAUGGGCUGGAAAAUAAAAGUAUUUACCAAAAUAUACAUGUACGACCCUGCUUUAUGGUGUAUGCUUAUGACAAUUUUGUAGAAUAAUUUUUUUUGUUUUGCUUUAUCAAAGCGUCUACUUUAUUAUGACUACAGAGCGCACAUAUCUACAUUAGUACUCCAGGGACCCUUAUCACAAAGAUAAGCUAUUGAUUGUAUAGUUGAUUUAUAUGAUUGAUUGCAUAUUACAAACAAUGUAAUCAAUCAUAAAAAUCAACCCCCACGAUCAAUUGCAAACUUUUGAGUAAAUUUGUUACUUUUCAUGUAAAUUAUGCAAUUGCACCAGCAAUCAAACAGAACAGAUGAAUGAAUGUCAUAAGAAUAUUUCUUGUAACUGUUCAUGUAUGUGAUUUGUUUAUUGAAAUUCAUGUACAAGAUUUUCUUUACAUUUAAUUCUAUUUCAAAACAUAUCGUAUACAUCUCUCAGCUGAAAAAAGGGACAUGUAUAGCAAUUUGGAUGGUAUUUGGUAACAUAUGUAUUUGAAUGUUCUUAAAGUGAUAGUUUUUAAAGCUGGACACAAGUGGGCUCUUUCAUCAUGUGAUUAAAAAUUGCAUUCAGUUUAUGAACUGGUUAUGAUACAGGUUUUACUAAUCACAAGAUGGUAAAGUCGUGUAACCCAGAUAACCUGGAAAUGACAGGUAUUGAGCAAGUACUCAAUAUAUACAUGUAGAUUGAUAUAAAGACAUUGUUAUUGUAUAAUCAUAUUGGUAUUUUCUUACUGUAACGACGAAAGCCAAAUUGUGUAUGUGGAGUGCUGAAGCUUUGUUUGUUUUCUUCUUAAAAAAUACUGUCUUUGAUGCCAACUAUUAUCUGUCUUGUAAAAUGUGAUGUUACACAAGAAUAAAUGUAUUAUUAUGAUCAAGAA